GUUACAUGCUUACGGUGUCUUCAGGCACCGAAAGCAUGUAACGGGAAAACAUUGUCUUCAGGCAUAUUUCUGGGAGCCUUCCUUUGCGUCAUCUGUUAAAGGACCCAGGAUGUCCAUGCUAGCCGAGCCCCGCAAGAAACAGAAGUGGUCUGUAGACCCUAGGAACAGCGCCUGGAGCAAUGAUGACAACAAAUUUGGCCAGAAAAUGCUGGAGCAAAUGGGCUGGUCCAAGGGCAAAGGACUGGGGAGGAGUCAGCAGGGAUCGACGGAUCACAUAAAAGUCAAAGUUAAGAACAACAAACAUGGACUCGGAGCAAACGCCAGCCAUGAGGAUAACUGGAUUGCUCACCAGGAUGAAUUCAAUGAGCUUCUGGCUCAGCUGAACAAUCACCAUGGUCAAACCACAAGUAACGAAGUUCCUCCAGAUGAGAUGAAGAGCUUCAGUCUGGAAGAAAAAUCAAAGAUUUCUAAAAAGAGGGUUCAUUACACAAAAUUCACAAAAGGCAAGGACUUAUCUUCCCGUAGUGAAACAGACCUUAACUGCAUCUUUGGGAAGAGGACCAAGUCUACCAAAGACCAAGAACAGCUCUUCAACCACCACCCACGGCUGUCUCUCCAGCAUCCCUUCCACCAGUCCCCCCACAGCGGGUGUUUUCCUUCCUCCACAGUGAUGUUUCCUGCUCGUCCCUUAUCGCUGUGCGCAACGCUCCAUGAAACAGACAAGUGCACGCACACACUCAACACACAGGGGAGGAGCAGGAGCGAGUCUCCAUCUGAAUCAGAGGAAAGUGGGACUAAGGCUUCUUCUGAACUUGAUACUGAGUCAAUAACCAAGACUGUGACAAGUUCUCUGAGCAUGCAGGAGUAUUUUGCGCAGCGCAUGGCACAGCUGAAGAAGGCUCGUAGCUCUGAAGGUUCAGCAUCUUCUGUCAAAGCGGAGACUACUGAAACAUCAAGCCCCGCUGAGGAGCUCAGUCCAGUUCAUAGCAGCAACAAUGAUGCUGAAGAACCCAAGAAAAAGAAGAACAAAAAGCUAGAAGAGGAGCUAGUGGAUGUAGAAGAGAAGUGCAGUGCCCCCAUUCUACCAGAAGAAAAAGAAAACAAGGAGAAAGCGUGUUCAAGAAAGAAAAAGAAGAGAAAAACUGCAGAAAUCAUUGAUGAAAAUGAAAACUCUAGCUCUGCCAGUGUUCUGGAGAUGAACUGUGAAAAACCAAGUUUCUCCAAGAAGAAAAAAUCUAAACACAUAGAAAAGCAGCUUAUAAAUGUUCAUGAGGGCGAGGAAGACCACAAUGGAGUAAAAGAGUGUGAGGAGGAACUAGUUACUAAAAAAUCCAAGAAGAAGAAAAGGAAGAGAGAAAAUCAAGAAUAGGGUGGAGUUUAGGUUUUGGUUAAAUUUGUCCAGCUUCCAAAAACGUUUUACUUCACUUGUGUUCUUGUCCUAAUACCGACCUUUUUAAAUAUAUUUGUAACCAAAUGAAAUCUCUAAUACAUGAACAACAGAUGCCUUAGCAGCUGGCUUAAAUUAAAUGAGCUCUUCCUGAUUCUUGUAUCUCAUGAGUCAUUAAAUAUGAUUCAGGAAAAAAAAGCUGUUUUCACAUUUAUUAUUCUUUUACUAUUUGCAUGCAUUACUAUUUAUGUAUACAAAACUCCAUAUUCUCCAUGUCGCCCAGUUUAUCACUCGUUUCAAAAACUGAAAGGAAAGCGGUCAUCAAUGUGAUACAUGACAUCUGGUACUUUGGCAUGAUGGGCUUUUUAAAACGAGUCAGUCUAUGAAAUGUUGACAUUUUUCUAAAUAAAUAUGGACACACAUUUUGA